AUGAUAGCUAAAUGUAUCAUUCAACAUGAUCUCCCAUUUGCUUAUGUUGAGUAUGAGAGAGUAAGAUCAAUUUGGAAGUAUUUGAAUGAAGAUGUGAAAUUUAUCAGCCGUAACACAUCGGCAGCCGAUGUUUACAAGUUUUAUGAGAAUGAAGCAGAGAAUUUAAAGCGAGAAUUAGUUAAUCUUCCUGGAAGGAUCAGUCUCACUUCUGAUUUAUGGUCUGCAAUCACUCAGGAGGGAUACAUGUGUUUAACAGCACAUUACAUUGACAAGAAUUGGAAACUGAACAACAAAAUUCUAGCAUUUUGUGCUGUACCGUCUCCACAUACAGACAAUGCUACUAACAAUGAUACAAUGCAAGAGAUGGUGAAAAAUCAGCUUAUGUUGCGAAAUGAUUUGUUGUGUGGAGGAGAGUAUUUUCAUGUGAGAUGUGCAGCACAUGUUCUUAAUGUCAUUGUUCAAGAUGGUCUGGCAGUGAUUGGUGAUUCGUUGGAUCAAAUCAGGGAGAGUAUCAAGUAUGUUCAAAGAUCAGAACGCCGGGAGAUACUAUUCGCAAAAUGUGUGGAAUCUGUUGGUAUAAAGCAUAAGGCUGGUUUGCUGCUGGAUGUGAAAACAAUAUGGAACUCAACAUACAAGAUGCUUGAUAGGGCUCUCAAGUAUAGAGCUGCAUUUGCUAAUCUCAAAGUUCCACAUAUCCAACUUCCAACUUGUACUUCAUGCAUGCAAGUCUGGAAGAUCAAUAACUGGUUGACAGUGAAUGAGUUUAGCGAUGAUGAAGUUAUUAGAAUCAUGAUUGUACCCAUGAAGGAGAAGUUUGAUAAGUACUGGGAAGAAGUAAGUGAUAUAUUUGCAAUGACUACAGUGCUUGAUCCAAGGUUGAAGCUAACACUUGCAAACUAUUGUUUUGGUAAACUUGAUAAAAGUUCUUGUCAACAGAAGAUUGAACAAUUGAAAAGUAAACUACCUACUUUGUUUGAAUCAUAUGAGAACAAGUCAGUUUUUGCAUCACAUUCUACGAAGACACAUGAAACAGAUUACCAGAGAGAUGACAAUGAAGGCAAAAGAGGAAGCUUUAGCAAUUACGAUGUUUUUGGUUUUGAAGUUUCAAGUUCUAGUUGUUUCAAAAACUGCAGGUUCUGUUUUUUUAGAAACUACAGGUUUUCACGUUCUGGUCUUAUGUCUAAGAUUCUGGUUUUAAAAAAACUGCAGGAUUUCUUAGCCUUUCGAAAAGAGACUGUUGUUGCUAGUGGAAAGACUUCCUUACAAAUGUAUCUUGAUGAAUCGGCAAUAGACAUGAAGAAUUUUGAGAGUUUAGACAUUCUAAAGUAUUGGAAAGAUAACUCUCAGCGCUAUGGAGAAUUGGCUUCCAUGGCUUGUGAUCUUCUUAGUAUUCCUAUCACAACAGUAGCCUCUGAAUCUUCCUUUAGCAUUGGAACUCGAGUUUUGAGCAAGUAUAGAAGUUGCCUCCUUCCAAAAAAUGUUCAAACACUAAUAUACAGUCGCAAUUGGUUAAAAGGUUUUGAAGCAUAUGAAAAUGAGGAGGAGAAAGAAUUAAUUGGUGAAGAUGAGGCACUACCUUAUUUCCAAUCGAUUGUUGAUGAUGAAGAAACGGCUUGA